CUUAUGGAACAAGCAUCAAAAUACAAGAAACAUCUAAUCAGUUCUGUCGGCUCGACACAGUGGUUUAGUGGUGGCAGCACCAGCGUCGCAUGUUUUGGCCGGUGAACAGAGAUGCGAACGUUAUCGUAGAUCUGAAUAGCGUUGUUCGAGUUGUCGUAUAAUUCGAACACGCUCACAUACAACUACACAAAGAUAAUAUCGCCGAGGUAGUGUGGGGAGGCGGCAGCUAACCUAGCUCGAUAUUGAUUUUUCCCUUGCUUUUCGUAAGAGAGGCUACUGAAACAAGAUCGGCUUUUCAAACUUCAAAUCUUCGAAAGGAGUCUUUAUUAGUUCAAGUGCGAUUGAAUCUGACGGAGGGCGGGGUGAUGUGCUGAAAGAAGAAAAAUUGGUGCGCCGUUUUAUUUGAUGUCAACUUAAUUAACACAAAUUACAAAGCCAGAAUCCCUCGGGGUCGGAGUAGCGAAGUACUAGCAUACGAGUGUAAGAGAAGAUGAGCCUUUUCGGGGUAAUCGUAGCAGGCCGUCUGGUCCAGACAGAAUUCGAGUCGGUGGAGCCAAACAAAUUUCUACUGAACAUCGCAGAACCUUUAAAGGUCAACUAUGUGACAGUCUUCAUGACGGGUGUACAGCCCUUUCCGCAAGGGCUAGGAGCUACAGUGUACUUCAACAUACCAAAUCCUGAUGGUACAGGCAGUUGGCACUAUCUAGGAUACAUCUGCAAUGAUAAACCGAGUGCCAUCUUUAAGAUAGGCAAAAGCCGGCAAGCAUCUGGGGAUACUCACGCGUUUUCCGGCCUAAUGCAUCAACAUAAUGUAGGUCAGAUGGGCAUUUCUGUGGAGAAUCUAGCAGAUAUAAAGUUCAUGGACUCGGGAGCCAACGCCCAGAAAGCUCAGGCAUCGGUUGAUACCUUUGCAGAAUUUUCAAAGAAGAUGCUAGAAAGUUUCUACAACUAUGCGACUUCGUUCGCCGUACCUGGACAAGCAGGCGAAUUGUUUUUCCCUGUUCGAACGCUCGAAGGUUGGUAUACUAAUUUCGAGCGAAAGCUUCAGCAAAAUCCGAAUUUUUGGAAACAGCAGCCGCAGUCAGCCUAGCAGGACAUGAUGGUAGCGGCAAACGUAGCGAAAACAACUCAAACCUUAUUAUCGUGUCAAUAUAGCCUACAUUUUGAAAUUUAUAGGUCACGAAGCACAAUGAAGUGCGCAUCGUGCCUAAAGAUAACCGCAAUUAUGCUCACCUUUUGCUCCAUUUACAAUUCGAUAUGACCAAAAAUCCCACACGGCGGAUUUUCUAUCAGAAAAUUGUCGAAGAACAUAAUUUCGUUGCUACUCCUGAGCGAAUACCUGUUUGUCACCCAAUCUGACUAUUGGAUAGAGAGUGUUUGUAUAAACACUUAGGCAUUAUAAUUCCUUUUUAACAAAAACGGUUAAGUUCUCCGCUGGAGUAGAUAUUAUGCCACCUCGACUGUACUCUCUGUAUCGAUGCCAGCAAAUUUUGCUACAUUGGAGCGAGAGAUAUUCACUAAGUAGAUAAACUAUGGUGUACCUGUUAGACUUUAUAGCUACACUGUCGUAAUACGUGAUUUAUCUAUGGCUGCUAAUCAACAUCUGAAGGCAUAUAGUCGAAAAAUUUAUCAGUCCUUCAAACUUGGAUUGCUGAUUGUUAAUGUUAAUCGUCGUCUAGCUAUUUUAGUUUCAUCGGUAGUCGUAGUAAUUCGACAGUGUUUAAUACGGUCCCAUUACUUUAUCGUGAAUAAUUGAACCUCAAGUACCAACUUUUUUCCGUUGGGCGACACUGCUGAGCAUGCCAUGCGCCAAUACUGCACCUGAAACCUACACGAAGUUAACUUUAACCUAAUCAGCAUCAUACACCAUGCUAGGCACAACAACGUGUGGUUAACUUUUCAACAUUGAAGAUUACUUGUACGUUACUGCUGAAAACUGCUUAUGUAUAAAACAACUUUCAUGAAAAAGAGAAGCUGAACUUUUUUUUAAUUAACUGAUGGAUUUAAGCGUUGUGUGAUUUAAUCCUUCUAUUUUUUGCGUAUUACUUUGGUUACAUGUGGACACUCAUUAAUUAUGAAUAUAAAUAAUUUUCUCAUUUGAAAUAUUUUGAUCUCUUUAAUUGAAAAAAAAAUACUAGUAUAUAUAUAUAUAUAUUAUCUAGCACUUUCUUCUAUUCAUGGUGUAAAUAGCUGCGUGCAUUACCCGAAAUUUCUAUAUUUCUUCGGACGCUAUUAUAUUAGAAAUUGGAUGGCUGCACAGACCAGAAAUGAUCAUUCUUUCAGGGACUGACGGUUUCCCCACUGUAGAGCUAGGUAUGUAAGUGCUAUAUGAAUUGCAAUUGGCGUCCACCCCGUUCAAGCAACCUGAUAACGACUCACUAGUGUAAUUAAUAUUACGGUUUAUUAUAAAGAAGGCAUAGCACAUUGUAUAAAUCGAAAUCUAUGAGUACGUAUAUAUAUGUACUCAUUUUCAUCGACAAUGUCUAGACAAAAACAGACUAAUAAUAAAAGAAUCCCACUAAUAAAAACGCUUGACUAAUUGAGGUGUGAUAUAAUUGGUGUCGCUUUAUUUUUAGCUUAGUGACUGGUUCACAGUCGUCGGCUUGGGUCACUUGUAAAAGAGUAUAUAUAAUUUAUCAUCGUCAUCAUUGAUGUUAUUCAUUCUGUUGUUAUAUUGUGGUUGUUUCUCAAUCAUAUAAUAAUGGACAUAGGCGAUAUAUGCCGCACUUACACAUUUGUAUGUGUGUGUGUGUAUAUGUGUGUUUAUGUAAAGUGCCCGGGUUGAGCCAUAAUCAAAAAACCGUGACAAGUUUUCUGCACUUAUUUUUUUUAAUCAGCUAUAGACUCGAGUGAGCUAACUGCUCGAUCAGCAUUUUUGCUGUAUUCAUGCAUGUAUAUGCGUGUAUACAUAUAUCCGGACAUGUAAAUGCCGGUUGUGUUUUCUCGUGCUUGUUGCUGUUGUUUUUACACCAGGCCUAUGUGGAAAAUGAGAUCAUCGAGUCUACCCAGGAUAAAACAAACAGCAUUCAGUAUCUGUUCCGGGGCCUAUUUAUUUCAAGUAAUCAUCAUUCUCUCGUCCAGCUAUUCUUUUGUACCACCCUCCGACACAUUUGUCCCCUUGCUCUUCACCUUUGCCUCAAUACGCUUAUACGGCCGGAAUAAAUAGCUUUAUCAUGUGUAUAUAUAUAUAUAUAUAUAUAUAUAUAUAUAUAUAUAUAUAUAGAUUUAUUUAUAUAUAGAGUUGUAUGUAUAUAGCUUCAUGUAUAUAUUCAUGUAUUUAUAUUACACAUGCUGCGGCUGCUGCGCGUAAGUACAACGCCUGUUCGGUGUGUAUGUUGAAAGGUCCUGCCAGACAUCGCUUUUGGCGCACACAAAAAAUCCCAUUUCGCUUUGCUCAUUCAUCUGUUCUACUAGACCAUAUGCGCUGGGCAGCAGAUCUUGACAUAUCACUCCCCGAAAAGGUGCCUUUUAAUCAUUUUUUAUUUGUCUGUGUUUCCCCGUAUUUGCUUUAUAGACUCUAAUAAAUUCCUUCUGCCAGCACACACAUCCAUUGCAAAACUUUCAAACCAUUCAUUCAUACACAGUUGUAUUUAUAUGUCAUAACUUAUUUUCCUCAGAUUUUUCAGAUAGUUUUAAUUUGGUUUAGUUAGAUUUUUGUUUGUUUUAGUUUAGAAAUGGUUUUUAAAAAUUCAUUUUCUCACUGUACAGCCAGUGUAAGACGCAAUGCAUUGGUCCUUCAAAAAUACCUUGAACCUCAAGGCCUUUCUUUAAGUCAGUACAUCUCCAUAGCAUUUUGUGAAGAAUUUUGCUGCGUAUUUAUAGCUCAUUUUUUGCCACUCUGAGUUCACCCUUGUAUACUGAAAGUGCGCACAUUGAGGAUGUUACUUGGUGGACCUUUCACUAAAUUAACGAAAAAAUAAUAAGAUCAUUAUCAAGAAUAUCAUAGGAAUCAAUGCACUUGUUGUUUGAGUCACGAAAGGGACUACCUAGUGUAAACUUGUCUUCGCCUUCUUUAUCGCGGCAUCAAGUUGCCGCCUCUGUCAGUAAUUCACUUCGAGAUUUCUUUUUUCCAGGCAUUAACGUCGUUAGUUAGUUUUUGGUGACCGUGAUUCUUUUUUGCUUAUCGUUUUAAUCUUAUGUAGACGUUAGGUUCUUUUUCUGCAGCUGCUCUAUAGCUAUUUUGUAAAAUGGGGUAGACUGUAUAUACAAAGCGACAUUGUAUGCUUGUGUAGCUAAUUUUUCGCUGUUCCAUACAUAUCAACUUGUUUUUUCCUGUUUGUUGCGUUAGUUGAUCAUUAUAAGAAUAGUACUUAUUUAUUACAGACAGACUACAGUACGUAGUUCAGAUACUAGUUGGCCAAAUGUCUACAAAGUAUAGGAAACUAUAAUUGACACGGUUUGUGUGAGUAAGUGUUAAUUUUAUCGCCUGGAAAAUGUUUUGUGUCCAAAGUACACUAUUCUAUUUUGUUAUUUAUUCAUUGUUAUAAUCUAUACUAGCGCUACACUUAAGUCACACUACAACCAUCUUAGCUUACGGUCCUCGUGUUACAAUCAGUUCGCUUGUUCGCUGGUGACAAACGCCGGGAGAGGGACAGUUGCUAUCACAAAACGAAAUUGCAUCGGUGCACCAGUGCUUGAUAAACUAAUUUUAGCGAACCAAGUUUAGAUCCAAACCUGGCCUGCAGUGUUGACCGAAUGUGCUUUUCCACUCUGUCCCAUUGAUCCCGACGCGCACAUCUAGCGAUCCGUCAUUGAACAUCUCUUACAUGGUGCGGAGAGUGCAGUCGCGCUCGGAAUCGCUCGCAUUGCCAUUUAUCAUCAACCCGUUCUCAAUCACGACUCGGUCGAUUGUUGUUGAAUGCUCGCCUAAUUUGCUUUCAUUUUUACUAGGUGUAUCUGUUAGGUGUUGUUUUGUCACAAAGCGACGCGUUUCUCAACACAAUAAUCGACCGUCUCUGUUCAUAGAAGUACCUUCUGAUCUAGUUGUUGAAAUAGUAUUCAUCAUAGUAGAUUUGCAAUAUCAGACAGGUACUUCCUAUGCCGCUCAGCUAGCUAUCUAAGCCCUAAACACAUUCAGUAUUAGUUAUGGUAGGGCUUACGCUUUCUGUACACUUCAUUUAUAGGGACAGUCGUUCGUUUCACCUCGUUCUGGACAUUUCGAUCAAAGUUCCGCGGCUAGUGUCUUUUCUAUUCGAUCCUGUACCUCUUAUAGUAGCCAACGGAUAUUCUGGCUUGGUGUCCGUAUAUCGUGAUAACUCAGGGUCCGCGGGAUCAGCAUUAUUUUCAUACUCUUAUCGUCGUUCGGUUUUCAUCCCCAUUUCGCGCAGGGUAAAGAUAAUAAGAAUUGUAAUAUAUCGUAUUAUUCAUUCAUCAUGACUAGACAAUCGCACCUUGACUAGAUCUUUUCCAAGUAGCUCACGCGCAACUAUAUAUUUGUUGUAGUUAGAGGUAGUCGUCACACCUUCGACUGGUAGUCGGAAACAUGCGACACACCUUGUACCGGCACAGUUUCCACAGUUUUGGCUUCUUUGUGGGACUUUAUAGGACAAGAAUGGCCAGAAAAGCCCGUUACUCUCGGCAUGGCGUUUCAACAAGGGGAUAUUCUUUUCUCUUUUUAUCUUAUCUGUGUUUAGAGUAAACUUGAGACCGACCGUACUUCGUAUGUGUUUAUUACGCUUUCUAAAAAGAAUCUCUUAUUUUAGUUUGUUUCAAGUUCAAAGUCAAAAGACGCCUGUGCAAUUGGCAGCAGGCACUCUUAUUGAACGAAAUGCACAAAGAUUUUUAAUUAGUCAACAACUCUGUAUGUGUACUUGCGGUUUCUCGUUUCCUACGCCAAAACCAAACUCAGGUCGCAUCCGUUCAGGCUUUCACACACAGCGCCUUGUCCACUUGUAGCCGAUCGAGUAGUGCCCGAUCUUACCUUUUUUGCUUUUCACACUAAGAUAAGAAAUAAUAAUAUAACUGCACCUUUGACUAGAUCAUUCACAAUGAGAUCAUCCCAUUUUGCACAACUGUUGUCAAGCACAUUCACACGGCCAGGAGGGACACUGCACAACGAUCUUCAUCUAUAUAUUUUAUGUGGAGUUCAUACCGCUGUGGCUGUCGUUGUUGCCGUAGUUGUCAUUAAACAAUAAGGCUACGUUACCAUGACUAAUUAAUUAUAAUAAUAGGUUUAUGCUCACAAUGUCCUGGCAUUGAAAUCCAUUCAUCUCGGGUCAGUUGAUGGUUUUUCUGUCGGUUGGGUUAUUUCCUGCCAACUGUUCGUCAGUAAAAAUAAACUUCGAGGUACAAUUUGCAUAGAACCUCUCUGCAGAGUUCUAAUAAAAUACUUUGUCGCAGAAUAAUAAAUACUUUUGUUGUGUCUUUGGUAUGGGUUAUAUUUUACCGUUGUCAGUUUUUCGUCGUUUUGGCUCAACUUCUCAGUUUUCCUUUGUCCCUUGUCUCAACCUCCCCUUUAGAGCUCUCUUCGCCAAUUUACAAGACAUUUUUUGGAUCAUUGAAGACUGUUUGGGCCGUGUUGCGUAAUCGGCUUUUUUGCUCAUAUGCUGCUUACAUAUCCUGAAAACCUCAUUUAAAGAUCUGUGAUUGGACAAAAUGUGGCUGAACGCUUGCUGCCAUGGCAUCGAUACUAUUGUUAGGGAGAAAGUGGUUGUUCCAUUGUGUUUCUUCUCUACUAAUUUUAGCCGACCGGACGGAUAUAUAUAUAUAUAUAUAUAUAUAUAUAUAUAUAUAUUCUUAUAGUAAUCGUCCAAAUUUGCCCGUAUCACCUACUUGCGUUAUAAAUGUGUGCCUAGAACUUGAUCAGUAUCUUAUUUUUCAUUCGCCACUCCCAUGAUAAUUGACCAAGUCGCCAUGGAAUCACGUUCUCACAUCAUCAUGCCAUUCACAUUGAUUAAACCCUUUCACUUGACAGCUGUCCGUACUGACCCCAGACCCUGGUCGCUAAUCGACUUUUACCUCUUAGCUCAUCGUUCGUUAGCUUUAUAACUUUAUCUUAUCCGUUCUUAUUCCGUCUCAUUCGCACGUUAGCUAAACAAAAACUCCAUUUACAAUGCCAUUCCGGAGAAGUCUACGGCCCGGCAGAAUCACGAACGUGAUCGACAGAAAUUCGGGUUUCGUUUACACCCUGCAUGUUGUCUUCUAUUCGGCUGAAUGUCAAACAACAAUCCACUCGUUACAUAUCAAGCGCUUAAGAUUCAGAGAGAUUUCUAACCGCACCACUUAAGCAGUCGGUGAUUAUUCGGGCAAACCAUACUGUCGCAGGUAAUCAAAGCCAUUGGUCAGUGGUCACACUAUGCUUAAUUCGAUCACGUUGCGUUGCCGGAUAUAGACUCCGCCCAUUCAGCAGCGACACUUUCGGGCUCUGAUGGUAACCAACCAAGCUAUACGGCUCAGCUAACCGUACUCCACCCAUUAACACUAUCGGCAACGCAUUAUGAUACGAAACAGCAAGCCGACGAAUGACGCAUUGCACUACCGAAAAGACCUGGUUCAAAUCUGAUCGACCCACAUUGUACACCAUCAUUGACCGAUACUAAUUCACAUGACGACACAAUUUUCAAAUACUACAUAAUUCUAUACAGUACCAAUAGUAUACCCACCACGACGACCGCAAAUCGGUUAUUGCCAGAAGUCGUCCACGUUUCAAGUGUAGCUAUGAAACACCCAAAAAAAACUCAUCGAGAGAGAACGGCACACGUUCGCUCAAUUUCGGGAACCUGUAAAACAUGUGUAACACUGUAACCUUUGCUGCCUUGGAUUAUAACACUCACAGGGUACCCCUCGCAGCGUUUCGAAUUCACUGCAAUAUUGACUAGAUAUUCUUUCGCAAACGAUUUCAUUCUCGAAAGCGAGACACAGUGGUAGUUCUGGCGUACGGACCUAUUCGAAUUGGUCCAUUCAGAUCCAUGUGAGAAAGUUUUGCUACUUGACAAUAAUCGACUAGAUCAUUCAGGUCCUCUAUCAUAGCAUGGUCAUCCGCCUGUUGCUCACAGGUUUCGAUCGCACAUUUACUCAGUCGCACAUGACGACAACGAUGCACAGGAUCUUAGUAGUUUACUUCACUCCGUUUUCCUUGCUUCACUUCCUUAAUCCUUUUCUUAUUAUCAUAUCUUUUAUCGUCAUCACCAUCAACAAACAAGCUAGUCGCAUGCUACU